AUGGACGACGAUAUGGAACUAGACGAUGAGCAGGAACACCUGGACGAACCGAUCGACGAGCCCGAGUACGAGCAAGACGAUGCGGAGCAGGACGACGACGGUGACGAUGACAUGGAUGAAGAAGAAGCAGAAGCAGAAGCGGAUGGCGACGAUGACGAUCUUGACUCUGGCGGUGAUUCGGAUGAUCGCGAUGAUGCAUCCACUGCAUCUCGUAAUCGAGCUUAUCGAGCGUCUACGGUCGAUGAGACGCUUUCCGCCGCCAUGUACCUUCGCAAAGUGCACGCACGACGUUUGCUGUUCCGCCCCGCGCCCGAAUGCAUCUCCACUACGCACGGGUAUCAGAUCGAACCCAUGGCUGCUGCUCCACAUUCGGCCCAGAUCCACGCACUCGCGCUUUCUCUCGAUGGCCAGACCCUCCUCACCGGCGGCUCGGACGGCUACGUUCGCAAAUACGACCUCCACGCCACCAUGAACGGCCGUACCAUGCUCACCCAAAACGUCCGACACGGUUUCGUCGAAGGCAUCACCCGCGGCGGUACACUCACCGCGUUUUGGCCGCAUGAAGAACACCUUCCCAUUUCCUCCUCGUCAACCUCCUCCCUCAACCCCCCCACCGGUUCGGAAAAGGACCGUCUCGUCGGCAUCAUCCACAGCCUAGCCCUUCAGCAAGAUUCGCUCUGGGGAUUGAGCGGCUCUGAAUCAGGCAACAUCCAUCUAUAUGGUGUCAGACAUGAACCAGGCGUCACACGCCAUGUCUUUAGGAAACACAAAGGUGCCGUCUCGGCAUUAGCGAUCCUGGCGGAUGAAAAGAGCAUGUUGUCCGGUGGCUGGGACAGAGGCGUGUACCAGUGGGAUUUGAACACGGGAAGCGUGGUGAGGGAGUUGCCCGGUCAUGCGGGGCAGAUCUCAAGUUUGAGCUUCAGACCUUUGGGUGACGCGGUACGAGGAGAGCAGCAGAGCGAACGCGUCAAUGUGGCGAUCCACCCGGAGGCGUUGGGAAAUGGCGCGGUUCACGUCGACGAGGAUGAGGAGGACAAGGCAAGGAACGAAACCGUCGCAGGCGGCGAGUCGGAGCAAGCAGCAAAUCACAAUGGCGAUGAGGCCAGUGUGACAGCAAACGGAGACCGACCAGCCACAAACGAAAAGAUGGGCCAGCAGAAGGAUGAGGAUGCGCCGACAGCACUAUCAACGGCCACAUCCGGUACGGCGCGAGAUGCCACGGGUGCAGAUGAGUCGAAUGACAAGCCUUCCAGGAACAUCAAGUCUACAACGUCGGAAGACAAGGUGACCACAGAUGAGAAGUCAACAGAUACCGACCACAACAGCAACAACAAGCCAGAUGCCUCUUCCUCUGCAACUGACAUCGAGAGCGCUGCCAUUCAAGCCUCUUCAAAGGAUUCAUCGGCUACCGAUUCCGCACCGACAGUCGACACGGAGAUUGUUUCAAAGGCUGCCACAUCUGACCCUGCCAAGCCAUCCAACAUCACCGGCGACGAUCCCACCGAAGAAGAGCUAGCGUUCGAAGCCGAACUGAAUGCGAGCUUGGGUAUGGCGCUUGACGGCAGCAGCGGCGCAACCAAAGCGGAUGGUUCGAGACCCGACAGCAUUGGUGCGGAGCUGAGCGGUACGACGGCCGGAGGACUGAUGGUCGCUGGUGCCGAUCAGGAUUUCGACAAGGAUGAUGGUGACGAUGAUCUUUUCGGUGGUGAUACGCCGCCUGUAGCUGUGUCCAAGGACAGUGAUGGUGCGCUUACAGUCAAGAGCGAACCAAAUGGCGCCACGGCCAAUGACAGCGACGGAGAUGAUUCCUUGUUUGGAGAUGGCGAUGAGGACGCCGAUGGUGAUGCGGAUGCGGACGGAGACGCUGAGGCGGAUGCGGAUGGUGAUGCGGAUGCGGAUGCAGAUGCGGAUGCGGAUGUGGAUGCGGAUGCGGAUGCGGAUGCGGACGACGACGGCGAGCGUGAUGCAGAAGACGGCUCAUCGGAUGAAGAUAUGCCGUUGGCGGGGCGGUCGAUGGUCAGAAACGUUUCUCCGCAAACCAAUCCUUUGAUUGCAAGCACGGCAUCGCCGUCGCUUUCGGCGGCUGUGUUGCCGCCAUCUUGCAGUACAACUCAAGCCGCGGCUACUGAGGUCGUCGAGGUUGACGCAAAGUCGUCAACUUCAAAAGCGGAAAGCGCAGUACCGAAAAGGGCACUCCCCAAGCCAGCAUUUGGAGGAUUCAGCAUGGCGUCGUCCUUCGAUGCACCGCUUACGACGUUUAGCCAGGAUGUGAUGCUAUCCAGCUCGCUAUCUGGCCAAGUGAUCUUAUGGGAUUUGCGGUGUCGCAACUACACGUCGGCAGACGGUGGCGCACGAGGUGUGCACUCUCUUGCUCUACCCAGCAAAGUACCGCCAUGGUGUCAGUCGGCCAUCUUCAAUUCGACGGGCGAUAAAGUGUAUGUAGGUAGACGCAACGAAACGGUGGACGAAUGGGAUCUUCGCAUGCCUUCAGCACGCUAUACUCGAUCACUUCGCCUUCCAUCCGGGUCGGGACCUGUGUAUUCGCUGGCGCCCAUGCCAAAUCGACGCCACAUUGUCUGUGGUAGCUACGACAAUCUUCGAUUGUGGGAUACGCAGUUCCAACCUGGUCCCAGUCUCACGCCCGAGUUCAAGGUGCCGUUCAAAAUCAUCGCAGGACACCAUGGUGCAAGUCUCUCACAUGUACUCGUCGAUCGUAGCUGCAAAUUCUUGAUCUCCGCCAGCGGCGACAGGGGCUGGAUGGGCUCCAGUACCGAAGCGGUCAUCGUGCAUGAUAUCAAGCCCAUCACAUAG